CGCCCCGCUCCAGCCCACGCAUCGUUCGUUGGAGAGCGUAGAGGACAUCAGGAUGGCGCCUAUCACUCGUAGGGCCAAUGCCAUCGUCGUCGUGGGGAUGCUCCUCGCGGCUGCCAUGGCAGCGGUGGCGACCGACGUGGCGGAGCCUGAGGCGGCGGCCGAGGUGUCGUGCGGGGACGCGGUGAGCGCGCUGAUCCCGUGCGGGUCGUUCCUGGUGGGCGCCGUCGCCGGGGCGCCGAGCGAGAGCUGCUGCCGCGGCGCGCAGGGGCUGCGGAGGAUGGCGGGCACGCCGGGCGCACGGCGCGCGCUCUGCAGGUGCCUGGAGCAGUCCGGCCCGUCCUUCGGCGUGCUCCCGGACCGCGCCCGGCAGCUACCCGCGCUCUGCAAGCUCGGCAUCUCCAUCCCCGUGAGCCCCCACACCGACUGCGACAAGAUACAGUGAGCGGCCGGCGGGCGAGCUGAUGAUGGCCCGACGCGUGCAUGCGCGUGGCGUGAAGUGAUGGCACGAAGUGUUCGAUGGAGGAGUUCAUGGAUGAAUAAAUAGUACUGUAGCUACUACUAAAUGUAUUUCGCCUGCCCUGCUACUACUGUAGUCAUGGUUGUAUAAUAAUGGUGUCAGUAUCUA